GCCCAACGCCCAUUAGUGGAGACUAUUUCAGAAGUCAGGAUUUGUCCUUGCGUUCAUUGGCACGGUGACUCGUCAGAGAACUGGUGAGCUUGCAGAUUUGACUGCUGGACACUGCUUCUCCUGGAGGUGGAAGGCUUUGCUAGCGAUGGACCCCUACAUGAUCCAGACAAGUGACAGCGACAGCGAAGUUCUGGACGUGCACGGCAACAUCGGUGGGAGAAACCCCAUGCCAGGGAAAAUGAAAGGCAGGAAGGCCAGAUGGUCAGUGAGGCCCUCUGACAUGUCCAACAGAACCUUCAAUCCCAUCCGGGCCAUUGUGGACAGCAUGAGGGUGAAGCCAAACCCAAACAAAACCAUGAUUUCUCUGUCAAUUGGGGACCCCACAGUGUUUGGAAACCUCCCCACAGACCUUGAAGUGACCCAAGCAAUGAAAAAUGCCCUGGAUUCAGGGAAAUACAAUGGCUACGCCCCAUCCAUUGGCUACCUGUCCAGUCGGGAAGAAGUCGCUUCCUACUACCACUGCGCUAAGGCACCACUGGAAGCUAAGGACGUCAUUCUGACAAGUGGCUGCAGUCAGGCUAUUGAACUUUGCUUAGCUGUGUUGGCCAACCCAGGGCAAAACAUCCUUGUUCCGAGACCUGGUUUUUCUCUCUAUAGAACUUUGGCUGAAUCUAUGGGAAUUGAAGUCAAACACUAUAACCUAUUGCCAGAGAAGUCUUGGGAAACUGACCUGAAACAAAUGGAAUCUCUGAUUGAUGAAAAGACAGCCUGUCUCAUCAUUAACAAUCCAUCAAAUCCCUGUGGGUCAGUGUUCAGUAAGAGUCAUCUUCAGAAGAUUCUGGCAGUGGCUGCAAGGCAGUGUGUUCCCAUCUUAGCUGAUGAGAUCUAUGGAGACAUGGUGUUUUCGGAUUGCAAAUAUGAACCACUGGCUGCCCUUAGCACCAAUGUUCCCAUCCUGUCCUGUGGAGGGCUGGCCAAGCGGUGGCUGAUUCCUGGCUGGAGACUGGGCUGGAUUCUCAUCCACGACCGAAGAGACAUUUUUGGCAAUGAGACCCGAGAUGGGCUGGUGAAGCUGAGUCAGCGGACAUUGGGACCGUGCACCAUUGUCCAGGGAGCUCUGAAGAGCAUCCUGCGUCGCACCCCUCAAGAAUUCUACCGCAACACUCUCAGCUUCCUCAAGUCCAAUGCUGAUCUCUGCUACGGGGCAUUGUCUGCAAUACCUGGACUCCAGCCAGUCUGCCCUUCCGGGGCCAUGUACCUCAUGGUUGGAGUUGAGAUGGAGCAUUUCCCAGAAUUUGAGAACGAUGUGGAGUUCACAGAGCGGUUGAUUGCUGAGCAGUCUGUCCACUGUCUCCCAGGAAAGUGCUUCGAGUACCCGAAUUUCUUCCGAGUGGUGAUCACCGUCCCUGAGGUGAUGAUGCUGGAGGCUUGCAGCAGGAUCCAGGAAUUCUGUGAGCAGCACUACCAUUGUGCUGAAGGCAGCCAGGAGGAAUGUGACAAAUAGGCCCUCACCCACUCUCCAAGGAGGGCUAGACUGGGCUCCAUGACUCUUCGCAGAGUCAGAUGCUCCUACCAGGGGAGGGGCCUCAAAAUGACUACACCAAGGGUUCAGGAUUGUUUUUGCGUUUCCCCAGUUACGUUCAUGCACACACCCUGAAUCCUAGAUUUUUCUCCUACUCUGCUCUGAUGGAACAACUAAUUCAUUAACCUAUCACCCUCCCAGGUCUUCCUUCUUUUUUUCUGACAGUACCAGGUGAACAGAGGUUAACAGAAAGUGGGUGAGACAAAAACAGUAAGACAGCAUAGAAAAAGCAAAAGAUUAGGAGAACUUGUGUCCCUAGCCAUUCCUCCUACUCUAAGAACACUCUCUCCAGUCAGGCCUGAAGCCCAGCUCUAUUAUUGCCUCACUUCAGGUAUAACUUACUUUUUGCAAUAGUUAUAACUGAAAAUUUGAGGUCACAUGUAUCUGGUUAAUUAUAUUUUAAACACAAUAGCAAAUUUACUAUUUAAAGGAUCCUUGACAGAAAACUUUCUGUGGGGUUUUCUUUCGGUGAUGCAAAUAAAUAUCCUUUAAUUGACCAACUUCCUAAGUUUAAAUUUGUAUGCACCAGGCUUUUUUGAAGUGAGGCUGUAUUUCAAGAGAAAGGAGGAAUCAGAGGAUCUUCCAGAAAUACUGCUGUGUAAAGUCCAGAAA